AUGGCAAGGGGGGUGGGAGACCUCCAGUCUCUCAAAAUCUACUCCCCCAUCCCAAAGCCACACUCUCCAGCAGCGUUCAGCUUUAGCAGGAGGAGUAACUGGCCGGCACAGCACUGCAACCAACAACUCGCUAAACUGGACUUUGGUCCUCCAAACUGGGGCAAAACUGUAGGUACCACCCAGCCAGGACUCGAUCCCAGCGGCCCAACACCACAGGCUGCCAGCGAUGACUGCGAGAGUCUGGGCCUCUCGAGUCCGCUGCCCAAGAACACCCCCCACCCGAGCGCGAUCUGGGGGUCCUCCCGCGGCGCUGGGGCACCCAUCCCUCUGUCCCACGACCCCUCCAGGCUCCCGGGGCGGCCUGACCCCACUCAACUUGACCUACCCCGGGUUUCCUGGAGCUCAGGAGAGGGGGGCGCCGCGCUCAUUGCCCGGGACCAUCUCUCCACCGCUCCAACCCCGAUUUCAACAUUUCGGCUACCGCGGCGUUGGGAGAGGAAAGUAACAGAGCGCCCCCUCUGCCCUCUCCCCACCUCCCUGCUCCCUGGCCCUCCGCCGGGGUUCAAAAGGAGAAGUGAAAGGGCCCUCUCUCCAGAGAAGCGAGGGCGAGAGAAAGAGGAAAGGAAGCGGACGCCCCCGCGCACCCCAGCCCGGGACACAAAAGGUGACAAGAUCAGCGCCAAGUCCAGCACUGCCAACCUCCCCCCCCACAUCGGCACCGCCACCGCCAACCCCGGCCACCAGCGGGAAAGAGAAAGAAAUAAAAGCCCGAGCGAGCGGAUCACUUACUCUUCGGAACUGGGGAGAGCGGAGCGCGGAGUUCCACGGAGGCUCCUGCCCAGAAACCGUGUUGCAGGCGGUUUUCUUCUGGUUCAUUUAAAUAACACCAUUUUCUCCUGGGGGGAGGGAGAAAAAAAAAAGAUGUUGACACGCGUCUAAGUCCGGGGAGUCUCUCUUUUCUUCCCAUUGAAGAACA